AGAAGAAAUAAAAAGAUAUUUUUCCAAAAAUAUGUCAAUUUCAAUCACAAGUGACAAAAUGAAUAGAGAUAAUAUAUAAACACAAGCAUUAGGCUGUCGAGAAAACAUAAAUUUUCUAUGAUUAGGCCAUACAAAUCAUAAUAAGUAGUAGAAAUACAAAAAAAUCUGUUUGUUGGCUAAAGAGAAAUCGAAGGAAUUAGUCUUUUCACCCAUUUUUCUCUCUCUGUGUGGCUUCUUCUUCUUCUUCUUCUUCCUAUCAAAAUCAUCAUCAUCAUCUUCUCUAUAUUACUAAAAUAGAGAGAGCCAACAAAAGAGAGGAGAGGGCGUAAAACAGCAGACGGUGGCGCACCGUAGCACCGCCCCCUCCUAACCUGCGCCUUUCUUCCUUCUCUUUCAUUUUUUUUUUUUCCGGUUUCAGGAAUUAUUCCUCUCCUCCUCUCUCAGGUCGCUUCGAUCCCAAGGCAAAAUAGUUUCCUGAUUUUUGAUUCUUACCUUCGAUUUUGGCUUCUUCUUCUUCUUCUUCAGAUGCAUUCACCUAGAAAACUCUGGCGGACAUCAAAGGAACCCUAGCUUUUCUCCGGUCUUGUUAUAUCGCCUCUAUCGCCGCCGAUCGGUGGUUUGAUUUCAAAUCCAAGAGAAAGAAACGCAGAGGUUCAUUUCUCAGGAUGCUUUGGAUCAUGAGAUUCUCCGGUUUAUUCUCCGCCGCUUUGGUUAUCAUCGUCCUCUCUCCUUCUCUCCAAUCGUUUCCUCCAGCUGAAGCUAUCAGAUCCUCUCAUCUCGACGCUUACCUCCGUUUCCCCUCCUCCGAUCCACCGCCGCAUAGAUUCUCCUUCAGAAAAGCUCCUGUUUUCCGCAAUGCCGCCGAUUGCGCCGCCGCAGAUAUCGAUUCCGGCGUCUGUAACCCUUCCUUGGUCCACGUCGCGAUUACUCUCGAUUUCGAGUACCUGCGUGGCUCAAUCGCCGCCGUUCAUUCGAUUCUCAAGCACUCGUCGUGUCCCGAGAGCGUCUUCUUCCAUUUCCUCGUCUCCGAGACUGACCUAGAAUCCUUGAUUCGUUCGACUUUUCCCGAAUUGAAAUUAAAGGUUUACUACUUCGAUCCGGAGAUUGUACGGACGCUGAUCUCAACCUCCGUGAGACAAGCGCUCGAGCAGCCGUUGAAUUACGCUAGAAAUUACCUAGCUGACCUUCUCGAGCCUUGCGUGCGUCGCGUGAUCUACCUAGAUUCCGAUCUAAUCGUCGUCGACGACAUCGCAAAGCUCUGGAUGACGAAACUGGGAUCGAAAACGAUCGGAGCUCCCGAGUACUGUCACGCGAACUUCACAAAGUAUUUCACACCGGCGUUCUGGUCCGACGAGAGGUUCUCCGGAGCUUUCUCCGGGAGGAAACCGUGCUACUUCAACACGGGAGUGAUGGUGAUGGAUCUAGAGAGAUGGAGGCGCGUAGGGUACACGGAGGUGAUAGAGAAAUGGAUGGAGAUUCAGAAGAGUGAUAGGAUUUACGAGCUGGGAUCAUUGCCGCCGUUCUUGUUGGUGUUCGCCGGAGAAGUAGCUCCGAUAGAGCAUCGGUGGAACCAGCAUGGGCUUGGUGGAGAUAACGUGAGAGGAAGCUGUAGAGAUUUACAUCCCGGUCCGGUUAGCUUGCUUCAUUGGUCCGGUAGUGGUAAACCGUGGUUUCGGUUAGAUUCGAGACGGCCUUGUCCACUUGAUACUCUUUGGGCACCUUAUGAUUUGUAUGGACACUACUCUCGCUGAUGAUGAUUGAUGAUCUCUGUUAUUACAUAUUAUUAUAGUCUCAGUCUCAGCUGGUAAAUUCUCUCAUCUCCUUUGACAAAAAAAAAAACAUUCUUUCUUCUCUCUUUUGAUUUUACCAACUUUUGGUUGGAAUUUGUUUCGUUACUCUGUAUUCUAUUCGAUUGUUCUGUGCAUCAAACCAUAGGAUACAAUCAGAUUUGUUGUUGUACAAACUUUUUUACCAUAUGUUUCUUUAAUAUAAUUCUGUCAUCUUUUUUACUUGAACAAAGAUUACAAAUUAACAGUUCGUUGAAAAGAUUCACCGACAGUCUCUAUUUGUUUCCCUCUUGAAGAACCUGGUCUACAAUGAUUUUUAUUUAUGAAAUGUUUGAAAUUGGAAAAAGAUUUUGCUUCAAGUCGGAACAAUGAUGGAAACAUGGCAGAACCAAAGUGGAAGAAGAACACGACACUUUGAAGAGUACAUACGUUCUAGUUAAAACAUAGUGUCGG